UGCGGCGGUGGGAGAACUCGCCUCCCCGAGGCGGGCCGUGAGGAGCGGCGGGGCCGAGCGGGUCGUAUCGCGCCGGAGCGGCGUCGGCCAGAUGGCAUCCAACUAUAGAAAACCUGGUGUAAGUACAGCCCAGCGAAAGAAAAGUGGCUUGAAACCUGAACUUACAGAAGAGCAAAAGCAGGAGAUCAGAGAAGCUUUUGAUUUGUUUGAUACUGAUGGAUCUGGAAGCAUCGACAUAAAAGAACUGAAGGUUGCGAUGCGUGCUUUAGGUUUUGAGCCAAAGAAGGAAGAAAUUAAGAAAAUGAUAGCAGAUAUUGACAAAGAAGGAAGCGGCACCAUUGACUUUGAAGACUUUUUGGCUAUGAUGACGCAAAAAAUGAGUGAAAAGGAUUCAAAAGAAGAAAUCUUGAAAGCUUUCAGAUUAUUUGAUGACGAUGGGACAGGAAAAAUUUCAUUCAAAAACUUGAAAAGGGUUGCCAAGGAGCUGGGAGAAAAUUUAACAGAUGAAGAACUUCAGGAAAUGAUUGAUGAAGCUGAUCGAGAUGGAGAUGGAGAAGUGAGUGAGCAAGAAUUUUUGAGAAUCAUGAAGAAAACUAGCUUAUAUUAAUAUUUGUUGCCUUGCUGUACAGCUGCUCCAAAAGAUAAUCUGGAAAGACUUAAAAACUGGGCUUGUGUCUCCUGCAUAUUUUCUGCCAUAUAAAGAAAGUCUGGAAAGGACAGAUUUUUGGUUCAUUCUUCUUUUUCAGCAAAGAUAAUUAGGGGGGAGGUGGGGGGUGGCUUCAGAACUGUCACAAUGGUAUUGCAGAAGUAAAAAGGAAGGAUGAACUGAACCUGCAAGGCAGGGUCCCUUCCCCUCCCCCUCAAUAAUUUCACUGAUUGCCAUUUUGGAUAAAGAACACUGUGUUUCAACAAUUUUAACAAAAAGAUACUUCACUUGAGAUGUGAAGAUUCCCACUGCUGCUGGGAAAGGCCACUUUUGACCUUCCUAAGGCUACAGAAUGAAGGUACAAGCACAGAAUUUUUAUUCCUUUUAAGGCUUUUAGGUUAUCUUUUGGUAUUUGUCUCCUUUUGUUUAUUCACAUGGAAGACUGUAAAACCAAUUGCAUAUCUGUCUUCAUUUCUGUAUGAAACACUGUUUUCCCAUAGCAAAGUUGGUUUUGGACCUAAUGGGAAGCAAAUGUAGAUAACUAGAUUUGUUUUUUCAUUUGGAGUUCUGUGCCAUCAGUAGAUGUUCUGUUUAUCUGGUCAUCUGAAACCUAGUUUACUUGAAUGUGACCUGCUUGGAUUAUCAAAGUUUAUUGUAUAACCAGUCAACAUCUUGUGCCAUUGUUCUUACUCCCAAGACGUUACAGAGCUGCUGUCAUGCCAGGAUUUUAGGUACCUAAAAAGUUCAGUUCUGUGGUGGACUAGAGUAAAUUUUGGUUUCGUCUGUUUACAGUCAAGUUGCAGGGACGACUCACAUUUAGAUCCAUGCAAUCUAAAUUAAUUUCUGACAUCACAGGUUUGGUUUUGUUGUUUGUUUUUUUUUGUUUGUUUGUUUUAUGGAGUACCUUCAUUUUUGUCAGCAUUUCUUGCAUAUACUGUCAGUCUAGGAUUUACUGGAGAGCCGUAUUUCCUUCUGUAUUACGGUGACAGAGCAGUGACACACAAUAUGACAUCUGAUUAUGUGGUUCUGCAGGAGGUUUUAUCCUUGGGUCCCAACUAGACAAUCAGCUUCAAAACUGCAGGGAAAUGGUAUAAUCUCAAAUCACGUCUCUCUCUAAUGAGGCACCAGGAGGAGUUUGUUACAGCUCACAGUGAAGUGGCAAGCAGGUAGCAAAAUGCCGGAAGGGGAGGGAAAGAACAGUAUUUUCCCAGUUUCUGUUAAGAUCCCUCUUCAGAAAGCUUCUGCUCCUUGACAGCACUAAGGAGGUUUGUAGAAGAAAGGAAAAGCCAGCUCCUGGAUUAGCUCCUUAUUACAGCUGCUCCAGCUCUCCAGAGCUGUAAGGGCCCAGCAGGGGGAGAAUUAGUUUCAGGAGCAAAAAGGAGAAGUGUUCAUUUAUCUGUCUUCUCAGUCUGCAGAUGUGGACCUGGCGCGUUCUGCCUCAGUCCUCCCAGUUUCUGCCCCCCCCUCCCCGAACAACUCUAAACUGCCCCUCUCUAACCUGUGCAGAAGUAGGCUUAAACCUGUGGGAGAAGAGGGAUUGUGUAGGACCCUGGAACACUCAAGAGACCUGUGAAGUCUCCUAUUAACGUAUUCAGUGGCAGUAGAUGUAACCUGUAGUACUGUAAGCGUUUUAAAAGUCUAUUAACUUUGUAUAAGUGUGAAAUAAAACUGUUUUGCAAGUUAA